AUGACAAGUAAGACAAAUAAGUUUACCUACGAUGCUGAAGUUUAUCAUUGGAUCAGUUCAUUGUCUGAACUAAAGUGCUUUUUUGAAAACAAUUUCAACCUGCAAGGGAUAUGGAAUUCACCUGGCGGUAAUAUGAAGCUAUUUUGUACUGCCAAGAAUGAAUUUAUCAUUAAAUGGUAUGGUCUAUGGUUGCAAAAACUUGCUAUUCAAGCUGAUAAUGACGAUCAGUUCUUAAAGCAGAAAUUUGAAAACUUGGCAAAUGCAAGCCACAUCAACAAGACAACUCAAUUGCCUAUUUACUUAUCAACCGCUGUUGGUGAGGAAGCAAGUGUAGAUAAAGAAAACCAAUCAGUUCACGAGGAAAUGUCAAAGGACAAAACAAACGUAGCUGCCAACUAG